AUGACCAGCUUCAACAAAUCAAAAUGGUACCAAAUAUCCUCACCCAACGGCGUCCUAUCCUUCGUCGGCACACCCACCAGCACCAUCGACAACAAAACCUCGGUGCAGCCCUACGGCCCCGUCUUCCUCCGCAUCUCCAACACCUCCGACCACGAGCAGCAAUGGCAAGUCUACAACAUCAACACCUCGCACGCCGUCCUCCGCACCCGCGCCUCCGGCCCCGACAACUACCUCAGCGCCGCCAUUGCCCAAAACGACGAAGGGGAUGUCGUCGCCGGCAACACCAAGCCCAUCAUGGGCAACUACUCACUGCUCGACGACUCCAUGUACUGGAGCGUCGGCGCCUGGUCCGACAGGCUGUUUUGGUUUGAGAAUGCCCAGAAUGGGAGCGCAUGGCACUUGAAUGCGACGGGCGCCUUUUUCCUCAUGAGCAUGAACAUCACGGCGCCGCAGGAUGGCCAGCAGUUUAAAUUUACGCCAAUUGGAGAUAUCGAUGACGACAGGUAUUCUACUUAUAGCGCUCCCGGCGCGGUGGCAACGGCCACAGCAACAGCAACAGGCAGCUCGCCGACUUCUACGACUACUUCCCUGUCGCUACCGUCAUCCAAUGGCCGUUCAGCCGGCGCCAAAGGAGCUAUCGGAGCCGCUGUCGGGGGAGUCUCUUUACUUGGGUUAGGUUUGGCAUUACUUUUGUGUCUAAGGAGACGAAGAAAGCGACCAGCAAAGGACGCUGCGGUCGAGCCGUACAGGACCGAGCCGGUGCAAGAACCGCAAGUCCUGGAGCUUCCCGCAGAGACGGCCGCAGGGGCCGUGACGAAACACCAGGACCAAAGGUAUUCGGAAUUACCCCCAGGUUCAUCGCCAUCGGAGCUAGGGAAUCACGAGAUUGCUGAGCUGGAUGGUGGUGGUAGCUGGAAGUAA